GAGCACAGUUCAGCUGCAGACCUAAAACAGAGGGGAACCACCGGCCUAAUCUGGUUACAUAAGAAGCCACUGAGUCUGCAGACUGCGCGGCUGCCUUGCCUCUUGCUGCAGCUGGACCGGCGGCUCGUUGCGCUGUUCGAGCCCGUGACGAUUUCGCUGACGCGCCACUAUCAACGCGCCACAACCCAGGAGACGGUGAGGAAGGGCUGUGAGCGGCAGAGCGGGGCUGGACAUCGGACUCAUUCUUCUCCUCCUUCCUCUGCCUCUGCAGAAGAGCGCCUUUUGUCUGCAAGUCCCAGUCUACGAUAUUUAAGCUGCGAUCAAACCAGUAGCAUCACCCAGACCCCUAAGCAGCGAUGGAGGUACCAGGCUUGGCGCACAAUAUCACCAGCCCAUUAAGUCCCUGCGAGGGGAUGAUCAAGGACCUGAGCCUGGAUUCCAUACAAUUAUGCGAAAGAGACGGUAGCAAAUCCCAGGAUGGCAGCAUGGAGGAGCUCCCUGUUCCUCAGAACAUCAAAAUCAGCAACAUCACUUGCGACUCCUUCAAGAUCUGCUGGGACAUGGAGGCGCGCAGCAAAGAACGCAUCACUCACUACUUUAUUGACCUGAAUAAGAAGGAGAACAAAAACUCAAACAAGUUCAAACACAAGGAUGUUCCCACCAAGCUCGUAGCCAAGGCGGUCCCCCUGCCCAUGACGGUCCGGGGCCACUGGUUCCUGAGCCCCCGCACAGAGUACACCGUUGCGGUCCAGACUGCAUCGAAACAGACAGAUGGGGACUACGCCGUCUCUGAGUGGAGCGAGAUCAUUGAGUUCUGCACUGCUGAUUACUCUACAGUGCAUCUAAACCAGCUGUUGGAGAAGGCAGAGGUCAUUGCUGGGCGGAUGCUGCGCUUCUCUGUCUUCUACAGGAACCAGCAUAAAGAGUACUUCGAUCAUGCUAGGGAGGAGCAGGAGAACCGGAUGCUGCCAUCAGUGAAAGAUAACAGUGGCAGUCACGGCUCACCCAUCAGCGGCAAGCUGGAGGGAAUCUUCUUCAGCUGCAACACAGAGUUCAACACUGGAAAGCCUCCGCAGGACUCGCCCUAUGGUCGCCUUCGUUUUGAGGUCCAGGCAGACGCGCUCUUCAACCCCGACACCAAUCUCUACUUUGGAGACUUCUACUGCAUGUACACAGCCUACCACUACGUCAUCCUUGUUCUGGCUCCGAAGGGCUCCACGGGCGACGACUUCUGCAAGCAGAGGCUUCCUGCCCUCGACAUCGGAAACAACCGCUUCCUGACCUGCAAGCAGAAUGAAGAUGGCAGUCUGGUGUUUCACCACGCCCAGGAUGUCAUCUUGGAGGUGAUCUACACUGAGCCUGUGGACCUGGCUCUGGGCACGGUGGAGGAGAUCAGCGGGCACCAGCUGAUGAGUCUCUCCACAGUUAACGCCAAGAAAGACCCCAGCUGCAAGACCUGCAACAUAAGCGUGGGACGCUAAAAGAGGGGGUGAAUGUCCCAAAGGGGCGAGAAGACUUAAUUUAACUGACCCCAUCCACAAAAACAAAGGAAGGCCAUGUGAAUAUAAACACAUGCAUGAAGCAGCAGAUUUAAAAGGCCCAUUACUCUCCUCCAUAUCUGAAACCCUCAUUUCUCAAAGAUUAAAAGACAAAAAAGGGAAAGUUGAAACUCUUAAUCAUUAUCAUCUAAAUAAGGGUAAAAAAAAAUUAGAUCCUUCUAACAGUCAGCUGAUAUAUACAUCCUGACCAAACCCUUUAACUACAUUUAAAAAUGCUUCUUUUAAACUUUCUGCUUCUUUUAUCCACCUUAAAUGACCAAUCUUAGCCUCGGUGUUAAUGAUGCACUGUUUACUAGCAAUUUAGACUCUAAAUUGACUGUAUUUUCUGAUUAAUAUAGCAUUACAUCUGAAUCAUGAAGCUGAUUCAGACCUUUAUUAACCUCCUACUAGUGGCAUGGACCGGUACUACAGCUUUCUAGGGCUCCAAAACUCAUCAUCAGUUCAUUUAAAUUUCUUUCAUACCAAAGGAAUUAAAAACCAGACAUUAAAUCGCUGUGGGAUUUGAACCGUACUAAUGCAACAGUCUCUGAGUGUGUCUUUGGUGACCAACUGUGAGCAAUUUGUUAACUUUGAAGAAAAAAA